CUUCCUGCCAAAAUGUCCAUCGGUGUGCCCAUUAAAGUCCUGCAUGAGGCUGAGGGCCACAUCGUGACGUGUGAGACCAACACCGGAGAGGUGUAUCGGGGCAAGCUCAUUGAGGCCGAAGACAACAUGAACUGCCAGAUGUCCAACAUCACAGUCACCUACAGGGAUGGCCGAGUGGCACAGCUGGAGCAGGUGUACAUCCGUGGCAGCAAGAUCCGCUUCUUGAUUUUGCCUGACAUGCUGAAAAAUGCACCCAUGUUAAAGAGCAUGAAGAAUAAAAACCAAGGUUCUGGGGCUGGCCGAGGGAAAGCUGCUAUCCUAAAGGCCCAAGUGGCAGCAAGAGGACGAGGACGUGGAAUGGGACGUGGAAACAUCUUCCAGAAGCGAAGAUAAUUUCACCUGUUGAACAGAACUCAGCCCUCUUUUUUUUUUUUUAAGAUUA